AUGUUUUACAGCCAUGAAAUCCUCACGUCGCCUGAGCACGGCGUGGCUACGAUAUGGCUCGUCGCGACUCUCGGCUCGCGGUCGAUUACUCGGAGACUCAAUCGCAAGGCUAUCCUCGACGUGGAUGUGCCUGGUGCCUGCAAUGUCAUCGUAAACCCUGAAGCUCCCAUGGCCCUAAGACUGCAGGGAAGCUUGCUAUACGGAGUCUCGAGGGUAUACGACCAGCAAUGUGGAUAUACUCUGCUCGACGCGCAGACAAUGCGGGACAAGAUGGUCUCCAUGUUGAAGCAGCUACCAGGUGGAGGCUUGGAUCCCAGCGCUGGAAAGACCAAACCUACCAAUCUCAUCCUCCCGUACGACCCGACCUUCAUACCCGAGACAGGCCUUCCCGGAUUAGACAUCAACUUCUCCCUAUUCGAUGAGUCGACGGACGAUAGCUUGACGCAGCGGUCUGGUAGCUGGACUACAUCACCUGCUACCAGCCAGUCCGGCAAUUCGCAGGUUGGCAACAUCCAGCUUGAUCUGCCGGCGGACGAUUUCCUCAGAGAUAGGGAUGUGCAGGAUCCAAGUGCGGAUACCAUUCCCUCGGGAAAGAAGAGAGGGAUCUUUGGUAGAGAUGCGCGACUAGACCUCGAGGAUGAGGGUAUUCUGCUUCAGCCAGACUUUGAGUUUGACGAGGAUGGGAACAUCAUCGAAUUUGAUACGAGCAAUAUGUCGCCUCGGAAGAGAAGGAAGACGAUCCCGCGGUCAGAAAUAGGGGAAGGGCCUGCGAGUGAAGGGGGGCAAGAGGAAGGAUUGGCGGACAUCAAUGACGAGGUCCCGCUGCCGGGAAUCGAGGCAACGGACGUGAAUGCUCGGCCCGGUCCACAGUACACUGAGGAUACCAACAUCGUGCCCGCAGAAGACCGUUUGAUGGCAGAUGGAGAGCUUGAGCGUACCGGGGAAGCACGCGCCCAGCAGCGAAUCCGACAAGCUAAAGCCAUCAUAUCGGAUGACAGUACGACGUUGCGCAACACCGACCUGGCCAAGUGGAACGACGACUAUGCAGCUAACAUGGCCCAGUCCCUAAAGCAGAAAAGGCAGAACAAAUUGCCAACUUUAGCAAAGAAGAACGCGGCUUUCUGGGUCUUUGGCGUGGGUAUUGGGUCUGUUGGUAUGGGGCUUGGUAAGCAUCACGAAGACGGCCCGCUCAAGGAAUACUCGGGUGAUGCACUAUACAGCCUUCUAUCUGGAAAGAAAGGUACUCACCGAAUUGAAAACGAUGAAACCGACGAAGAACAACAGGCACACCGAGCGCUCGGCCAGUCCGGCCAAGCGCAGAGUCUCGACGUGGAACUCGGUCGACACGCUCCAUCCAGCGCGUACGAUGAUAGGUCUUCGCAAAUGCCUUGGAACGUCUCAGCCUCCCUCCAAGGUUCACUCCGAGGCCAGCGCUUCGGCAGCGUCUCCGGAUCCUCAGCUCGACCUCGCGGUCGUCUAACCAGCGCCAGCCCGCUUGCCGGACGAAGCUAUCCUGACGGGCGCGAGCGCCACAGCAGCCUAUCGUUCCCUAAUGCAGGGGACGACCUAGACGAGCUCGAGCAACUAGAUAUCACGCAAUACUUGGAAGGCGAACUAGCCCCGGACAACGAAGAUAUUAGCACGAUCACCGCGCGACGCAGAUCCAUGCUCAACUGGGUCACGUCGGCUCUGGACACUGAGAGUCUGAACUUUUUCGAUUUCAUUCAGAUGAAACUCGAUGAAAAUAAAUUCGCCUCUAUGACGCCAGGGCGCAUUACAUUCUCGACACUCCUCCCGCCGUCCGAGACCACGUGCACCGUUGCCGCGCAUGGGUUCAUGAAUGUGCUCACGCUCGCGACAAAGGGUGCUCUGGUCGUGUCGCAGGAUUUAUGCACUGAUCUGGGAGCUUCCAGUUGGGGCAUUCGCUUCCAGCAUGGCGAUAUUCUGCUGGGAAUGGCUGAGAGUGGAAUGUGA